UUUUUAAGAACUGUUUACUAGCCCCUAUGGCUAAUGCUUGGAGUUGGCUGAUUUUGCUCUGUAGCCUUAGGAUUUGCCCGAGAGGGACCUCUUCCCUCUCACCAGAUUGCAGCAUAGACUGCCAGACCCACUGUCUCAUAGACUGCAGGCAGGGACAUUACUACACAGCUGGCAACUGCUUGGAAUGUCCGACGGGUUUCUAUUGCCCUGGGGGUCAAGCAGCCCCAAGGAAAUGCCCGCUGGGAACAGCCAAUGAACUUACUGCUCAAGCAGACAUCACAGCUUGCCAGGUUUGUCCCAAUGGCUAUCUCAGCCUAGAGAGUGGAGCUGGGUGCCGUGCGUGUCCAGAUGGCUAUUCAUGCGAUCCACGUAGUGGUGUGCAGAGGAGCUGUGGUCCUGGUCAGUAUUCGCUGGAGGGAGAGUUGGAGUGUCAGGAAUGUCCAGAGAAAUAUGUCUGCCCAGAUGGACGGAGCAGACAGCGUUGUUUGGCCGGUCAGCAGCCAGAUCCAAGCCGCACUCAUUGUGUAACCUGCGCUCCUGGUUCUUUCUCAACUGAAGACACUCUUCUGUGCCAGCCCUGCCCAGCAGGUCACUUCUGUUCCAAUGGCCUUGCAGUCCGUCCAUGCGCAGCAGGGAGUUUCAAGCCCAGAGAGGGACUUCAUACACCCAGCAGCAGCUCCUCAUGCUUGCCAGGAAUUGGAUUGUGUUUAAAGUGCCCCGCUGGGCAUUUCUGUCCUGCUGGAUCAGGUUAUCCAGUCCCAUGCCAGCCAGGUACAUACAAUCCUCUCCAAGGACAGGAUGAAGCUGCUGAUUGCAGAGCCUGCCCAGCAGGGAGAGCUUGUACUCAGGCUGGCUUAGCCCAGCCUGAUGCAGAGUGCUUACCAGGGUAUGUGUGCCCAGCGGGGUCAUCCAGCCCUCAUUUUCCCAGCAACGCCUGUCCUCCAGGAACGUUUGGCAAUGACUUCAGCCUCUUUGAUAAGUCCCAGUGUGAAACGUGCCCUGCUGGAUUUGUCUGUGUGAGAGGAACAGGUGGGAAACAGAAGCCUCCCACUCCAUGCCCAGUUGGUCACUACUGCCCCCCAGGCACAAAGCACCCAAUGCAGCACAAGUGUGCCCGAGGCACCUGGAGCAAUAGGACAAGCCUGACCUCGGAAGAGGAGUGCUUUCCGUGCCCCGCAGGCUGGUUUUGUGUGGGAGGAGCCCCUAUCCCUACUGGGAUGUGCAGCUCAGGGCACUACUGCCCUCAAGGUACGUGGAGGGGCACACAGUACCCCUGCCCUGCAGGAACUUACAGUACCAGGCUGGGAAAUGCCAGAGUGGAAGAUUGCGCUGCCUGCCCCACAGGAGCUUUCUGCACCAGUGGGACCUCCAAGCCAGUUCUAUGCCCAGUAGGAACUUAUCGCAUGGAACAUGGCGCAAAAGUGGCUGCAGACUGCAUCCCUUGUCCUGGAGGGUAUUACUGCCCUGAGCUUGGCACUGUUACUCCUCAAACAUGUGGUGCUGGCAACUUUUCAGACCAAGGUUCAGCCUCCUGCUUGCCAUGUCUUGUCGGACAUUACUGUGCUAGUGAGCACACUAGCUGGGAAGUGAUGCUCCUUGCUAUGAUUUGCCCAGCGGGUCUCCUGUGCCCAGAAGGACAGGCAGUUGUUCCUGAUGCCAGUGCAAAUGCCUGCCCAAGAGGAUACUACUGUCCCCGGGGAGAUACUGGCUUGCAUGCUAAGCCUUGCCCCAGCGGGACCUAUGGUGAGCAGAAGGGUCUAAGCAGUGCUGAUGAAUGCUUACUGUGCCCUGCAGGGAAGUACUGCUACAGAGAUGGGAUUGAGCCUCUAGGAAUUCCCCACCCUACGGGGGAUUGCCCACCUGGCUACAACUGUCCUCCAGGGACUGGAUUCCCUUUCUCCUUCCCCUGUAUGCCAGGCUUCUUCUGGGAUAAUUCCAGUGUAGAGGGUGAAGAUGCUUGCAAACCAUGUCCACCUGGGUACUACUGUGACUCUCCUGCCAUGUUGGAGCCCAAACCUUGCCCAGCAGGCUUUUACUGUGUCGAAGGCAGCUCUAAACAUGAACCCUGCCCAGAGGGUACAUACAGUAACAAGAAGGGGCUGUCUGGACCCUCGGAGUGCAGCCCCUGUGGCCAUGGUUUCUACUGUGCUGCUCCAGGACAGACUGGGCCAAGUGGUCCCUGUAAGGCUGGAUUCUACUGCCAGGGCAGGGCCCUGACUCCAUUGCCCACAGAUGGUGUGACAGGAAAUAUGUGCCCUGCUGGGGCAUACUGCCCACCCGGCUCUCCCUCACCUAUCCCCUGUCCUCCAGGAACUUACAGCAACGUGAGUGGGUUGAGAAGCCUCCGUGAGUGCUUGGACUGCCCACCUGGCCUGUAUUGUGAUGGGACUAGUAACCAAGCUCCCUCGGGGCCAUGUGAACCUGGCUACUUCUGUACAGGAGGUGCCAAAAGCGCUCUUCAGCAAGUGGUGAUGGAGGGGCAUUAUUCCUUAACAGGAGCUUUCAAGCCAGAGCCAUGUCCUCUUGGCAGCUUCCAGCCUGGCCGUGGUCAGUCUGUUUGUAGGGAUUGUCCAGAGGGUACAUUCUGCAAUGAGCUGGGCCUGGCUGCACCCCAGGAUUGUCCCAAAGGGCAUUUUUGCUUGCUUGGAAGUUCCUUGCCUCUCCUGUGUCCAGCGGGAACUUACACAGAUGUAGUCAGGGCAGGUUCAUGCAAGCCCUGCCCAGCAGGCAUGUACUGCAGCAUGGCUGGUCUGACUGAGCCAGAAGGAUAUUGCCAGCCAGGAUAUUACUGCAUUCAAGGUUCCAGCACCUCCUCACCUAUGGGGCUUCCAUUUGGAGACCUUUGCCCACAAGGACAUUAUUGCCCUGCUGGCACGACACACCCAAAAGAGAUGCCGUGCCCUGCUGGGACCUGGAACGGACAGAGAGGAGCCCAGGAUGCCACUUGGUGUCUGCCUUGUGCCCCUGGGUUUUUCUGCAACAUGUCUGGCCAAGAUGCUCCUGCAGGACUUUGUGCACAAGGCUAUUACUGCACAGGAAGGACAAAGACUGCAAAGCCAGAGGAUGGUAUCACUGGAGAUCUCUGUCCUCAAGGACAUUUCUGCCCUGCAGGCUCAGCAGCACCUUCUCCCUGCCCCAGUGGAGAAUACAGUAAUGCAACAGGUCAAAACAAAUGCUUUCCUUGUCCUGCUGGGUUUCACUGUUCAAAAGGACUGAGGCGUCGCUGUCCUCCUGGCUUCUAUUGCCCUCAGAAAACUGGAAUCAGUUUUUAUCCCUGUCCCCCUGGGACUUACAACCCCUCCUAUGGACUCAGCCAGGCAGAGAGGUGUCAACAGUGCCCUGCAGGAAUGUUCUGUGGAGACUGGGGAUUAUCGUCUCCAAGUGGUCCCUGCUGGCCAGGAUUCUUCUGCACAGCAGGAGCAAGUGUCCCAAACCCUAAUGGAGCCACAAACAUGAGCACUGGUGGCCCAUGCCCACCUGGACACUUCUGCCCAGCUGGCACAAGUAUCCCACAGCAAUGCCCUGUGGGCACUUACUCAGACAGGCUCUACAACUGGCAGGACUCCAGCUGCACAGUGUGUCCAUCUGGCUAUUACUGCAGCUCUGCUGGCCUCACGGCACCCUCGGGACCCUGCUCAGCUGGGUACUACUGCCUCUCUGGAGCUUCCUCGCCAUCACCAGCUGAUAUGUGGGAGAAAGGAGGCCCUUGCCCUGUGAGCCACUUCUGCCCAGAAGGAACGAGCUUUCCCUUACCCUGCCUUGCAGGCACUUACAACAACCUCACCAGACAAGCUGCGUGCUUCCCUUGUGCUGCAGGCUACUACUGCCCAGAAAAUACCACCAGCUACAGUAUGAAUCCUUGCCCGGCUGGCUUCUACUGCCCCAAAGGAACCAGGUUUGCUACUGAGUUUCCCUGUCCCCGGGGCUACUAUAACCCUGAUCCCAUGACACAGAGCUUGGAUAGCUGCUUGCCCUGUCCACCUGGGCACUACUGUGGGAAGGAGAACUUGACAGCUGCCUCAGGCAAGUGUGAUGCCGGUUGGUUUUGCAUCUCAGCUGCUUGGACCUCACAGCCUUUUGAUCUGGAUAACUACACCAAUGCCAACUGCCUCUGUCCAGCCACUGCCACUGGAGGGAAGUGUGUAGCUGGUUUCUAUUGCCCCAAAGGAAGCCCAGAGCCUCUUCCUUGCCCUCCAGGUUUUUACUGCAAUGCUUCAGGUCUGUCUGUCCCCAGUGGGGAGUGUACUGCUGGGUUUUACUGCAAAGGCGGAGCAGCUCUCCCUAAACCAACAGAUGGCGUGAGUGGGAAUAUCUGCCCUGUGGGGACUUACUGCACUGCAGCAUCAGCAGAACCCAAGCUCUGCCCAGCUGGCACCUUUUCCAGCCUUCUAGGGAGGACAACACUUACUGAGUGCCAGCCUUGCCCCUCUGGCUUCUAUUGCGAGGUACCUGGCCUCAGUGCACCAACUGGGGAGUGCUGGGAAGGCUAUUACUGUGACAACCAGCAAGGGCCAGUUAUUGAUUUUACCCUUUACCCAUGCCCGCAAGGGUUUUACUGCCCACCAGGGACAAACAGGAGCACUCAGUACAGCUGCCCUGCAGGAACCUUUGGACCAAGGCAAAAACUGAAAACUAUCAAGGAAUGUCAAAGAUGCCCACCAGGAAAAUACUGUGAAUUCUCCGGACUUGUUGCCCCAACAGGAGAUUGUGCUGAGGGAUUUUGGUGCAAAAGUGGUGCCCGAGUAAGAAACCCCCAAGAUGGAGAAUCAGGACUGCCUUGUCCUCCUGGUCAUUAUUGUCCUGAAGGUGCACCACUUCCAUUACAGUGCCCUCCUGGCACGUGGACUGGCAGUGAAGGCAGUAGGAGUUUGCAGGAGUGCUGGCCUUGCCCUGGGGGAUAUUACUGCAAUAGCUCUGGACAAAGGGCCCCCUCAGGACACUGCAGCCCAGGGUACUACUGCGUCACUAGGGCCCAGACCCCAACACCCACUGACGGCCUCUCAGGAGCUCCAUGUCCAGUCCGUCAUUUUUGUCCUCUUGGAUCCAGGAGUCCAGUGCUGUGCCCCCCUGGCUCCUACAUGCCGCACAUCCGUGGAGAGAAGUGCCGUGCUUGCCCAGAGGGUGAAUACUGUGUCUCUGGUGAGAAGCCACAGCCGUGUCCCCAGAGGUAUUUCUGUCCCAAGGGCACAGCUCUUCCAAUUGCUUGUCCAGCAGGGUCCUAUAACCCAUCACAAAGGCAAGCCAGCUGCCUCCCCUGUCCUAAAGGGUUCUUCUGCCCCCCAAAUUCCUCUUCCUUUUUGGAGAAUAACUGUUCAGCUGGCCAUUACUGCCCUACCGGUACUGCUUCUGCAACACAGUUCCCAUGUCCUAAGGGGACUUACAACCCACUGACUGGAAGCAGCCUGAUGUCUCACUGCACCCCCUGUGACCCAGGGCAUUACUGUGCAUUUGCAGGGCAGUCACAUGUUACAGGACCCUGUUCGGCUGGGUUCUACUGCAGCGGAGGUGUUUCUAGUCCAACACCUACAGAUGGUCUUCUGGGGAACGCAUGCCCAAAGGGAACUUACUGUCCUAUGGGCUCUGCCUUUCCACAGCUAUGUCCUCCUGGUUAUUAUAGCAACUCAACUGGGAAUACUGGCAUCAAGGACUGUCUCCUUUGUGAUGCAGGGUAUUUCUGCAAUGGGACUGGACUUGUGACUCCAACUGGAUUAUGUGAGGCUGGAUUCUACUGUAGUGGAGGAACCAUUUCUCCUAAACUUCCCACGACAACAGUCAGUGGCGGACCAUGUCCACCUGGACAUUACUGCGUGGUGGGGAGCAGCAGAGCCCAGCCGUGCCCUGCAGGGAGUUAUAGCCCAUCUUGGAGUAUGGCACAGUGUUUGGAGUGCCCAGAAGGCUUUUACUGCACAGCUGCUUCCACAAACUACACAGAUUGCCCUGCAGGUCACUAUUGCCCCAGGAAUACAGAAUUUGCCACACAGUAUCCUUGUCCCCCUGGAACCUACAGUGAAGCUUUAAAUAUCUGGGAUGCUUCCAAGUGCCAACUAUGUCCUCCUGGAAGGGUCUGUUCCAAGCCAGGCCUAGCAAGACCAGAUGGACUAUGCAUGCCUGGAUGGUUUUGUCCACCUGGAUCCACGUCAAGCAAACCAGUGUUUCCUGGAAAUUACUCUGCAGGCAUGGCAGCUCCAGCUUCUGGAUCUGUUGGGUUGUGCCAAGCAGGAACCUUUUGUCCUGCUGGUUCAUUUCUUCCUCUUCCCUGCACUCCAGGUUUGUACUGUGCAACUGCAGAGCUCGCAGCUCCAUCAGGUCCCUGUGAGGCUGGCUUCUACUGCACGGGGGGCUCCAUGCUCCCAAACCCCAUGGAUGGAACAGUGGGCAACAUUUGUCCUCGAGGCCACUUUUGUCCUGCAGGGAGUUAUUCUCCAUCUCCAUGUCCCCCAGGCUCCUUUUUGGCUCAUCGUGGUGGCCAGUCACCACAGGAUUGCCAGGCCUGCUUCCCAGGGUGGUUCUGUUCUCAGCACGGCCAGAGCUCCCCGGAGGGCUUGUGUAAAGGAGGAUGGUUUUGCCCAGAGGGCUCUGUGUCAGCCCAGCAGUCAGACUAUUUGUGUCCUGUGGGUCACUAUUGCCCCACUGGCAGCCCAGAGCCCAUACCCUGUCCUUCUGGAAAAUAUCAGGACCAGGCUGGUAAAAGCCAGUGUGAAAUAUGCCCAGCAGGAAUGUUCUGUGCCCCAAAAGGCCACCGAGGUGAUCUCCAAGAACACUUCUCACGUGGCGUGGUCAAACCAAUAGAAUGUCCAGCAGGAUAUUACUGCCUGUCGGGAACAAAAGCUGCCAAUCAGUACCCGUGCCCAGAGGGUACCUACAGUAACCAAACUGGACUGGGAAAUCCCAGGGAAUGCAAGCCUUGUCCUGGAGGCAAAUUUUGUGCCAGUGCAGGACUCUCGUCCCCAAGUGGUCCCUGUUUGCCUGGGUAUUACUGCACUUCAAAGGCACGUAUACCCAAUCCUGUUAACGAUGAGGCAGGCAACCUUUGCCCAGCAGGCCAUUACUGCCCACCAGGUAGCAGCAAGCCAGAGCUAUGUCCCACUGGCACGUUUUUACCUCAGUCUGGGAUGGUUUACCGUAAUGCCUGUUUGCCCUGCCCUGGGGGGAAGUUCUGCCAAGGAGAAGGCCUGGCCAGUGUUUCUGGAACAUGUUACGCUGGGUAUUUCUGUGGUCUUGGAUCCACACAGCCAGAUCAUAAUCACUGCCCCCCUGGCUUCUACUGUCCUGAAGGCUCUGAAUCCCCAGUUCCAUGCAGCCCUGGAAGCUUCAACUCUGACAGUGGGAAAUGGCAGUCAACAGACUGUCAGCUCUGCCCAGCUGGAUACUUCUGCAAUGGUUCACAUGCUCCUGAGCUGUGCCCUGCUGGGUACUUCUGUCUGCCAGGUACCAACUUCAGUACAGAGCAUCCAUGUCCAAAGGGUACCUUUGGCCCCAGGACUGGCACCACUAGCGAGUCUGACUGUGAGCCCUGCCCAGCAGGCAUGUAUUGUUCAGCACCAGGUCUAUCACAGCCUUCUGGAUUUUGCAGUUCAGGUUAUCAUUGUGCCAAGGGAGCCAUCAGCCCAGCCCCCUUCAAACACAGGGUGGAAUCUUCCAGCCUUGGUCUGCCUGGUAAUGACAUCUGUCCUGUAGGGCAUUUCUGCCCCAGCGGUACAGGGUAUCCUGUGCCCUGUCCUCCUGGAUCCUUCUCUACCAUUGUGGGCCUGAAGGCAGAGGAACAGUGCCAGCCCUGCCCAUCCGGACGGUAUUGCAGUGGGGCAGGACUGUCUGAUCUGGCCCAGACAUCGCUGUGUAACGCAGGCUAUGUUUGCCUGGGAGGAAACUCUGCUCCCUGCCCUUCUGAUGGGAUUUAUGGAUACAGGUGUCCCAGCGGCUUCUACUGUCCUGUGGGCACUGGGCUAGAACUGCCCUGUGAGCCUGGCACAUUCAGCCCUGUGCCUGGGGCAAGUGUCUGCCUCCCUUGCCCGGCUGGUACGGCCUGCAGCAGUGCUGCCACUGUUGAGCCGCUCGGCUGCCCCAGAGGUUACUAUUGUCCAGUUCAGACGGCUGUCCCCCUGCCGUGCCCCGAGGGGACACUGAACACCUUGGAGGGGGCAUUUGCCCCCACUGCCUGCAGGCUGUGCCCAGUGGGGAGGUACUGCAGAGGAGAUGCUAACUGGGAACCUGAUGGUCUGUGUUCAGCCGGGUACUACUGUGAAGGAGGAGCCACUGAUGCUAUUCCACGUGGGACACCUGCGUUCCCGCUUAGUGGGCCCUGCCCACUUGGGCACUAUUGUCCAGAGGGUACUCAUUUCCCAAUUGCCUGCCCAGUGGGGACCCUGAACAAUGCCACAGGUGGUACCUCCCCGGAGAGCUGUGUGCCAUGCUAUCCUGGGUCUUUCUGUGCUAGCAUUGGUUUGAGUUCUCCAACAGGACCUUGUACUGAGGGGUUUUACUGCCCAGCAAACUUCAGCUCCGUCAGCCCCACAGCAUUCCUCUGCCCUAAGGGUCACUUCUGCCAGUCAGGGACAGCCCACCCAACACCAUGCCCUGCUGGGGAAUACCAGCCAGCCAGGGGCUCUGCAUUCUGCAUUCCAUGCCAGAGAGGAUUCUACUGCCAGGAGCUGGUAGCAGGAGACCCCAGGCACUGCCCACCACAUUCUUACUGUCCUACAGGCACACGGGUUCCUCUCACGUGUCCUGAAGGCACCUUCACUCCUGCAAAUAUGACUGGCCUCUGGAAUGAGAAGGAAUGCCUGCCUUGCUUACCUGGUCACUACUGCAGGCAUGGACAGCUGGAGGGGAAGUGUGCUGCUGGAUACUUCUGCCUGUCUGGGAGCUCUCAAUCUACUCCACAGGGCCACAGCUUUUCCUGGCGUGUCCCGUCUGGGUGCCGCUGGGGUCAGGUGUGUGCAGGGCUGUGUCCUGCAGGUUUCUACUGUCUGGAGGGAUCUGAGGUACCUAUACCGUGUCCUGCCAAUACUAUUAGAGAUGUUCCAGGGGCUGCAAAGAGAGAAGACUGCCUGCCCUGUCCACCAGGCCACUGGUGCAAAGCAGGGGAUUCAGAGGCCUACCUGUGUCCAUCAGGACACUAUUGCUUCAGAGGCAAUGGCAGCGACCACAGCAGUCUCCUGGCACCUCAGAAAUGCCCUCCGCAAACUUACCGCAAGCACCCAGGAGCUCAGAGCCUGACGGAUUGCCAGCCAUGUCCUCCAGGCUAUCACUGCCCUUUAUCAGGUCUGACCAGGUUUGAGGAUUAUCCAUGCCCCCCUGGAUACUGGUGCCCUGGUAAAGGGGAUGCUUUCCUUUGUCCAGCUGGCACUUCCAGGAUCCAGCCUGGUGCAAAAUCAUUGCAAGAGUGUGAUCCCUGCUCACCUGGAUACUAUUGCCCGGAUCCAGCACAGACAGGGCUGCCUAACACCCAAGGGGUACCUUGUAAACCUGGCUAUGAAUGCCCAGCAGGUUCAGUAAAUCCUAAGCCUUGCAAGCCUGGCCUAUACUGUGGUGCUCGCACAGCUGUGCCAUCCGUGUGCCCUGCUGGGUAUUACUGUCCCGAAGGAUCGUUGACAUAUAAUAGCCCUGAGCAGCUGUGUGUGUUUCCCUACUACUGUCCCCCAGGCAGUGCUCAUCCACUGCCUUGUGAAGGAGGGUACAUGGCCCUCAGCUUGCCUGGUCUAAGGGAUUCAUUUGAGAAAUUCUGUAGAAUCUGCGAUGGAGGCACCUAUCGUAGUGACUCUCUCAUCAUGGCACCCUGUCAGCCCUGCCCAGCAGGCUUCAUCUGCCCACAAGGCAGUGAGAGUUACCACAAGAAGCCAUGCCCCAGUGGCUAUUACUGCCCUCCCCUGGCAUCUGUCCCUCUGCCCUGUCCCCCGGGGACCCAUGGGAGCAGCAACUUUGCAAAGCGUAUAGAGGAUUGCCAGGCCUGUCCUGCCAACACCUUCAAUCACCUUCCUGCUCAGGCUGCCUGUUUCCCCUGUGGCAGCUCUUCUUCCUCUCAGCCUGGUGCUGCCAGCUGUACCUGCCAUGGGUUGAACCGGGCUUUCCAGCAGUCGGAUGCCUCCUGUAUCUGCCGGGCAGGUUACAUAUACUAUGAUGAGAGAGGCAAGAAAGACCCUGACAGCAACAGCAAUCAGGACUGCCGACCUCAGGUGGAUGAGCUCUGUGCUCCUGGAGAGGUCCGUCUAGCAUCUACGCGCCAGUGUGUUUUUCCUGAGCAAUAUGACUGCUCUCCUUCUUGUGGGCCUGCAGGUGGAGAGAUUAAUGCAGAGCUGGGCAUAUGUCACUGCAAGCAGUACGUCUCUUCUGAGGAGCUCUGUGACCAACUGUGUUUGCAGAGAGCCCCACGGAUCUCCUUGGGAUUUGGUAUCAAUAGAGAGCUGCUUCUGAGGAUAAACGAAGGAGAAGUGAGGGAAGUGGCAAACGUUCUGGGCCCAGAUGAACAUGUGCAGAAAAGCCAGCGAGUGCAUUUGGUUCUGUUUGGUCCCAGUGGAGUGCUAGGUUUCAUUGUCUCCAGCACAGAUGUUCUGGAUGCAUUUCUCACGGGAGAUUUUUCAUCACGUCAGUUGCUGCAGAAAGGUCAUCGAGUCCAGAGGACUUCUUCCGAAGAUAUCCAUGCCUUGCCCCUUGUUCCUAACCCAGUAGUAUGUUUGGAAGCAGGAGACAUGAUCCUUUUCCAGCUUAGCAUCAGUUCCCAUAAUCGUGCAUCCAGCUAUUACCCUGUUUAUCAGAAGCAGCAUCUAUAUAACAGCAACCCAAGCUGGGAUUUUGGACCCUUCCGAAGGCUAGACCACCUUGUCCAGGAGACUCACCUCAACAUCUCCUGGUUUGCCCAUGUUUUCCUGGAGUCUGGGACAUAUGUUUUCAGGGAUAGGACCGUUGAGGAACACUUCCUGAUUGUGACUGUGAAUGAAGCAAAUGUGGGCUGUGACCCCAGAGGUGUAUCCUUCCAGCCCUCUUCUCUGUUCCAGCUGGCCAGACAUGGCGUUUUGAAGCAACGGGAUCUGAACUUGGCUCCUAACUGGGCUGCUAUCACAGUGGUCCUUUUUGUUCUGGGCUUCCUGAUUGUGGUGCUGACAACCCUGGCUGUAGUGCUUCAGCCUGCUGUCGCUAUCAUUAGCCCCCUGAAGAGCUGGAAGCCACGAUGGAGGAGCCUGGGCGAGCCGCACAUCCCACCAGAGUACGUCCUCCUUAAAGACAGCCUUCAGUUCUAUCGGACGGUUGGUCCUCAUGCUUCUGGAGAAGAUGCUGGCUUCACAGAGAAAGGAGCUGUGCAUAAUGCAGAAGAGCAUUUUGCACUGAGGGUUCUGGAGGAUUUCAGUGUUCGCACCCUGUACGAUAAGCUGGAAGAUCAGAAUUUGCACCUGGCAUCUCAGCUGGCAAAGCACAGGAUGGAUGUGUUGGUGUUUUACAACAGAAUCAGCCAGCAGAUUCAAAGUCUCAUGGAUGUGGUGCAAGCACUGGACUCUGAAGGCCUGAAAAUCUUUGCCAGGCAAAGGAUUUGUGGGCAUAAACCUGCUGACAGCAGCCGGGCAGCAGUGGGCGUUGAACAAUGUGAUGAAUGCUGUAGCAACAACUUCCAAGCAGGUUCAUUAGGUGCUCCGUGGCAAGAGGCAACACAGUUAAUGAAAGCUCUGGAAACGCUGCUUGGGAAUGCUCUGUACAAGAAUGUAGCUGUGAAACGAGACAUGGAGCAGAAGGUCCAAGGACAGAAUGUGGUGACAGUUGUACCCUCACUGGACAGCCUAGCCAGUGGAAGUAAAUCAGAAGUCAAAGGGCAGGAUCAUGAGCUGCCACAGCAAUAUGAGCUCUUCAGUAGGAGAGAUGCUCUUUUCAGCUUCCCUGGACAUGAAGAACAUGAUCUCCAGUUGGCUUAUCUGACGGAGUUGGAGGUGGAGGGCCUGAUAGCAGCUUCCCCCCUUGCCAAGACUCUGUGUGAGAUCAAGCAAGCUUUGACAGCAAACAUCAAACAUGCGUGGGGAGCUCAGCCCUCUUCUGAGCUGCUGGAUUCUUGGGCCACAAAGAGGGAUGAAGCUCUGCUGCUGGAAGUAAAGAGGAGCUGCAUUGCUCAGAGGAUUGAAGAGGCAGAAGCAGAAUCCCAGGUGAAGUACAGCAAUGUAAAAUCUCUUGACUGUGAGCCAGCACAGUACGUUGGCAACCUCCACAGGUUAUCAGCAGUCUUAACAGAAAAUGAAAAGGCCCUUUUGAACAUUCAGUGUAAAUUUCAGCUUCUCUUGGAGAGCAUCAAGUACUGCUGUGGCUGUGAGAAGGAAGGUGAAAUUGAAUUGGCAGAUGAGAAUGGCCAGGUGAAGAAUUUGCUCCAGAACCAGGACCACUAUGCAUCGCAGCUCCUGAGGAGACAGUUUUGUGUACUACUCAAAGUCACACCACAUGAAGGUUCCUAAGAAGCUGUUUUUACACCACGGCUGAAAGACCACAGCGUUGUCACUCCAAAGUUCCUGGCUAGAUUGAGGAAGUGGGAAGAUUCAAAAGUGUCACCUACCAGAGUGAAAUCCAGAAAAUAUGGCAAACAAUCAAUCUUGCUUUUGGAAGUUCCAUCCACAGAAGGAGUCAUUCACCACAGGGCAACAAGAAUGAAACCGUGGCUUCCCCUUCCAAAGAAACUGAGAAACUCUAGUAAUGGCAAGUCAAAGGAGUUGCUUGUUGCAAAAGAUGGUGGUACAGGAAUGGUCACCAUAGAUCAUGUUAUUGACUUGCUGUUUUGUUGA